AUGCUGGCCGUUUGCGUCCUCGCUCUUGCCUCGUUUCCUGCGUUCGUGGCGGCUGGCGCACGGGUGAUCGGCACGUUCCCUUUACGCGCGAGCACGGCUUCGUCGCCCAAUGGGACACUGGAUGUCAUCGUCGCGCCGAACAAUGACACGACGUUCAACCCACCCAACGUGAACGCGACGUUGGGGCAGAUGGUCAACUUUCACUUCCCCUCGGAUCUUCCCGUCUCUGUUACGCAGUCGUACUCCUUUGGGCAACCAUGCACAUAUCUUAACUUUACGAACGGGACCGUUGGAUUCGACUCGGAUCUCACGACGAAGAUUACUUUCACGAUUCAGAUAACGGACGACGAACCAAUAUACUUCCACUGUAAACACCCUGGACAUUGUGGAUCUGGGAUGGUUGGGACGAUUAACGCGCCGCUGCAAGGUGAUGGAUCCGGAUCGUCUUUCCAGGGCCUCGCAACAUCAAUGGGAAGCAGUGCACCAAACGACACUUCUGGACAAGCAUCUGGAAAUGCCGGUGCAAGUGCGACUACUACUCCAGAUACGUCUGGUGCAAGCAUGAACCUGGUAGCUCGCAGUUGGUUCUCGAUUACUCUAUGGGGUAUCGUUCCCGCUCUCGUGACCGCAGUACUCUGA